AAAGGGAAAUUGAGAGAACAAAAACAAGCAAAGAUCUUAUUCUUUUUGUUUUCAUGUAGGAAUCUUAAAUCUGAUAUGACAGCUUUAAGACGAUAGAGAAAUGGCAAAGACGAAAUCUGGAGAGAGACAGAGGAAAGGGUUAUGGUCACCUGAAGAAGAUGAGAAGCUAAGAAGCUUCAUACUCGCUCAUGGCCAUUCUUGCUGGACCACUGUUCCCAUCAAAGCUGGUGUAUUUAGGUGGUCGCAAAUCGCGAAACUUUUACCGGGAAGAACAGACAAUGAGAUAAAGAACUAUUGGCACUCUCAUUUGAAAAAGAGAUGGCUCAAGUCUCAGAGUUUACAACACCCAAAAUCUAUUUCCUCUUCUUCUUCAUCAUCAUCACAUGUUGCUUGUGGAAAAAGAAAUCCGGAAACCUUGAUCUCGGAUCAGGUUAUCUCCUUCCAGAGACUUCUAGAGGACAAAUCUUCAUCUCCAUCACAAGAAAGCAACGGAAAUAACAGUUAUCAAUGUCCUUCUGUUCCUGAGAUUCCAAGGCUUUUCUUCUCUGAAUGGCUUUCUUCUUCAGUCGAUUAUUCCUCUGAUUUUACAGACUCUAAGCACAACCAAGCUCCAAAUGUCGAAGAAACUGUCUCAGCUUACGAAGAAAUGAAUGAUGUUGAUCAGUUCCAUUACAACGAAAUGAUGAUCAACAACAGCAACUGGACUCUUAAUGACGUCGUGUUUGGUUCCAAGUGUAAGAAGCAGGAGCAUCAUAUUUGAUAAAGAGACCUCAGAUUGUUAUUCUUCUGCUGAAUUCUUUUCUCCAUCAACAGCGACGUAAAUUGCGUCUAAUGUAAUGUAAAUCAAAUUUAUAAGGCAAA